GCGAAUUGCAUGACUUGAUCGUUGGCGGCCUUGCGCGAUCUUGACUGUGCGGCACCAGUGGCGCAUUGAAACCUGGCCGCAUGAAGCGUAGCCGUCGCAAGCAGGAAGCUGAGACCAGUGACGAUGAGACGAAGGAGGAACAGCCUGCUCAGCGCCGCCGGGGAAACGGAGAGGAGGUGGCACGUGGUCGUGGAGCAGUGACAGCUGACCGGGCGUCUUACUUCGCUCGCGGUGACACAUCGGGCAUUGAUGCUGAGGACCAUCGCAUCACUCCAGCUGCAUCGUCGUCAACAGCCGAGGAAGAUUGGCCAGGAAUGUUUCAAACUGCAGCUGUGUUGCACCAAGGUCGAUCUGCCGCACAAGCGAAGCGUCAAGAAGAGCUCGACAAGAAAGCGACCAACGACAGCGCCACGACGGAAGAAGAGGCGGCAACGCCGUGGGAGCCGCGCUACCCCUUGCGCGCCCUUGUCAAGACCCAGGACAUUCCAUCCUUAAAGGACGUCGUAUGCGCCAUCAUUGCCCAGCACAUUCACGAAUACCAAGACGUCGGGCACGAGUGCCUUGGCGAGCGGUCGUUGGUUGAAUCCCGCGCGAAAAUCGCAACGCUCGUGGCUCAGAGCCGUCGGUUGGAUAACUCGGUCCUCCCGUUCUUCAUCUACCCUGGCGUGAUGGAAAUUGACAUCCCCGACUGUUCGAUGCUCGACGAAAACUCAUUUGUCCAGGCGCUGCUGGCCGCCCAAACUGCCGAGAAGGACCUUGGCAUUUCCACGAAGUUUACGUCGCUCAAGCUCGGGAUGAGCGGGCGGUGCAUCUCGGACAGAGUGCUCGAAAGCCUCUCAACGGCGCUGUCGACGGUGGAAGAAGUUCGUCUGGAUGGUUGCUAUCGUUUGUCGGACCACGGCAUCAAGUACUUGCAGGCCAAGUGCUCGCCGUGUCUGGAACGGUUUGAACUGAGCAGCAACCAGCGCAUCACGGCCGCUUCCAUAACGUACAUCCAAGGAUGGACGCAUCUCCACACACUGAGUCUCGCGGAAUGCCCCCAGUUCGUCGACGACGAUUUCCUCCCGCUCAAGCCGCUCGUGACGACGUCCCUGAGGAAGCUGUCGCUCGUGCAGCUGGACAAAGCCACCGAUCGUCUCUUGCAACUCUUGUUUCAUGGCACCGCAGACUGCUUGAUCGAAGACCUGAGUGUCGCACGGUGCGCUCGGCUAACCGAUGCUGGUCUGCAAGUGGCUGUGCAAGCGUGCUCCCGCCUGACGGCUCUCGAUGUGGCCGACGUCCUCUUGCUCACGGACGCGACCCUUGCCCAUGUGCGCACGGCCAAGUUAACGUUGCACCGAGUCAACUUGCGACGGUGCACCAACAUGACGGACGCAGGGAUCGAAGAUUUGGCAGUGGCCAGCGCGGGCCACUUGGCACGACUGGAAAUCUCUAGCCUUCCAUUGCUCACGGGCAAGGCCAUGGUGGCGUUGGCGACCCACUGCGCGACGUCAUUGCACCACUUGGACAUAUCGUUUUGCCGGCAUAUCCGAGACAACGACGUUGGGUACCUCACCACGCACUGCCAUAACUUGACCCGGCUCGGGCUGUACGGGUGCACGCAGAUAUCGACGGUGUUCUUGCAAGGCCAGCCCUUGGACGGGUUGGUGUGCUACGGCCACCCGCUGCUCACUGGGCUCAAGCUUCGCGCGUAAUGAACGAAAUGGUCCAAUUCGAUGUAUCCAACACGUGCUUUUCAUAAAGUUGCGUGCGAAUUGCGCGACUGUUU